AUGUUCCGCUCUACCCUAUCGUCUCUCAGAGAAUACAUAACACCUGUGUCUCACGUCUCAACCUUCCGUGACACUGGCGAAAUCACCCCAGAAGAGUUUGUCCAAGCAGGCGACUACCUCGUAUACAAGUUCCCCACCUGGUCAUGGGCUGCUGCACCUCCAAGUAAGCGUCGUGCUUUCCUCCCACCAGAUAAGCAGUAUCUAGUCACAAAACAUGUCCCAUCUCGUUACCGCGCCGCCACCUACGAGUCUGUUGAUACAAAACUAGAAGCCCUUGACGAUGACCCCGAUGGCUGGACAGCAACUUCCUUUGCCAAAUCUGACUCGGAUACCCCUAAUGCUUCCAUAUCUACUACUACUACUACUACUACCAAUGCACAGGAGGCCACAGCCCCAAUAUCAGCCUCACCCGCUGCUGCUGCUGCUCCGCCUCCUCCUUCAGAAGAAGAAAUAAUAGAUAUCGAAGAUAUUGACGAUGAAGACGAAGAAGAUGAAAACACAUUUAUCCCUCCAGACCCAGGUGCUGGAACUUCCUCUGGCGCUGGCGCCCCUACAUCCUCUAUAACCUCGCCGCCAGGCUCAGCAGAUUCCUCCGACCGCUCAUACAACUUAUACAUCACCUAUUCAACCUCCUACCGUGUUCCCAAGCUCUAUCUCUCUGGGUUCAGCGCCAACGGCACCCCGCUGAGCCCGGACGAAAUGUUUGAAGAUAUUAUGGCCGAUUACCGCAACAAAACCGCCACCAUUGAAAAAGCUCCCUUUGAAGAAGACCUCACUUCUGUCUCCAUACAUCCCUGUCGCCAUGCAAGUGUCAUGAAGACCUUGCUUGCCAGAUCUGAAGCCCGCCGCAUUCAAAAAUUGCAAGAAAGUGCUGCUGCUGCUGCUGCUGCUAGCUCCAGUGGCGUUCACCCCAGCGCUGAGGCUGACGCAGGCUCGUCUUCAGCCGCACAGCCCAAACAAGGUGAACCCUCUGCCCCAGCCGAUGACGACUGGGAGGAAAUCGAUGAGUCUGACUCCCAGGCUGCCUUGCGGGUUGACCAAUAUCUCGUCGUGUUUCUUAAAUUCAUUUCCAGUGUUACUCCGGGUAUUGAGCAUGAUAAUACCAUGUCGGUGCUUUAA